AUGUCAUCAGUCAACCAUAAAUCAUUUAGAAUGGGUGAAAAUGACCAUCUAAAUAGAUUCGAAAGAAGCAUGCUACAAAAAGAUAGACUCCCUGAAAAAACCUACGACUCUGGAGCAGACUGGUCGCUAAGGUAUCAUAAUAAGGCAGUAGCUUUAUCUGGUUCAAGAGUAACACCUUCGCACUAACCCUAUGACGAAGUAGCUGAAAGUCAUAAAUAAAAGGAGAUUUUGAAGUCAAGUAGCUCAUGUUAAUCAGCAAAUCAACAGUUUGUAAAUGGAGCUUUUAAUCAAUAAUACUAUUCUCCAUCUUUGAGAAGCAAUAAACUUUUUUACCAAAAUUAUGAGGGUGGUUAUGAACACAAAAAUCAAACUGUUGCUUUUAAAACAAAUGUUUAAUCAGUUGAGAGAUCCAAAUUUAGUGGCCCAGAAUUGAGACUUUGUAACAGUGCGAUCCCUACUCAAGCUAAUAAUGGAAAUAUUAAAAACUACUCACAAGUGCAAUUAGGAACAAACAACAAUAUUCAAUAACUAUACGAGGGAGGCGUUAAUUAGUCAUUCGAAAACAGAUCAUCCAGCAAUAUUUCUUCAAAAUAAAGUGAUUCUAGUUCUGUUAAAAGAGGCUAUACCCAAGUUUAAGGGUAUUAACAGCACGAAACUAGGUAUCCUUUAUCAUCUAGGGCUAGUCAAAUAUCAGAGCAAGAGAAUACACUUUAUCAAAAGAUAACAUCAGAAAAUUAAGAUUUGGAUCCAAUUUAUAACAGUUUCCAGGGAAAUAAAAAGCAUUCUUUGCAAAAUAGGCAAUUCAGAGGAGUUAACUAAUAAAAUCAGUAGCCAUAUUCUAAAUAAAAAGCUCAAGACCAGGCUAAAAUAGAAUAAGGCCUAAAAAAUGUCUCAAAAGCCUUUGUUAAUCAAGCUCCUCCAAAUAGAAUAAUUAAUCUCGGAUUAGACUAAGAUGCCAUUGACGAAGUAUAUGAAAACCUUUAAAAAAGAAAAAAUGAAAGGUCAAAUGAUAAAUAUCUGCUGCAGCACGGAGAAAAAGAGAAUAAUUUUAUUGAGUAGUUUACUGGUGAUUAGUUCUAGAUUUUGCAUAAUCAAAGACAAAAAAUAAGAGAAACAGUCUAAAAACAAGUAGUGGAUAAAACUUUCUAAGUCUUAUAAGGCUAAAAGCAAGAUAAGGGUAUACUAUAAGACAAUGAAGAAAGACAGUAAAUCAGAAGAAUUAAACUUGAUGAUUUGAAAAACACUCUUGAGAAGUAAAUAAAGCUUAAAGUAGUAAAAUAAGAAGCUGAGUUGGUUUAAGAUUUGGAUAAGCAAAAGGAAAUAGUGUUUCAAGAUUAGGUUAACCACUAAAACAUUUAACUCUUGCAGUUAGAAAAAAGAUAGAUGCAAAAAUAAGAGUUGAAGUCUCAUUAUGACAAGGCCAUAAACAGUAAGAACUCAGAAAACUACAAAAGAGAGAUGGCUGACUAUUUGAAGCAAUAGAUAUAGGAUAGAAGACACAAGAGAUAGAAUUCAAAUAGCAAUUCUUAACAGAGAUAAAAUACAUACAACAACUAAUUAAACAGAGAGAUGAGCCCAGGAAAAUCUACACGUACUUUGAGUGAGUUUGAAUCUCCUUCCAAAAAUAACUUUAAGACUUCAAAGCAAAGACUAAGAUGA